AUGGACGACUUCCUCAGCGGCGGCCACAGUUUGGAGAUAACCCGACGCCUCAGGGAUCAGCUAAUCGCACUCCUCACGGCGGGCGGCUUCCACCUGCGGAAGUGGGUGGCCAGCGACCCCGCCUUGCUUGAGGACAUCGCCGUGGACGAUCGCCUUCGACCCAGCUGGGUCCAUCUCUCGGCGGACGGACCAGUCACCGAGCUCGGACCUCCCGCCUCGCCUCAUCCCGGGCUUCAGCUGACUAAGCGCAAGGCCCUCGCCGAGCUCUCCAGUAUCUUCGACCCAGCGGGAUGGCUGGCGCCAAUCACCCUCGUGGCUAAGAUGAUCGCGUGGCAGGACAAGUGGUCCGCAUUCCGCUCCACGAUCCUCGCGGCCACCGAGAUCGACAUCCCUCGAUGGAUCGGGCUCGCACCCGAUGAGAACCUCCAGCUCCACGCGUUCGCCGACGCCAGCCGCCGCGCCCUAGCCGCCGCAGUCUACUCGCGGGUCAUCGACAAGGACGGAAGCGUCACCACCGCCCUACUCAACGCUCGGACGAAGCUCUCCUCCAUCAAGAGCCUCCAGCCAGCAUCAACCGGACGCCUGCGCAUGACAAUCCUGCGACUAGAAAUGCGUGCGACUCUCAUCGCCUCGCAGCUUCUCACCCCCACCGCCUCCGCCCUCAAGGUCCCGAUCUCGGCCUGCCACCUCUGGAGCGACUCUCGCGUCGCACUGCAUUGGCUGCAGUCCGACGAACCGGUGGGGAACGACCUCGUGGACAACUACAUCGCCCACGUCCAGGAAUUAGUUGCCGGAGCAACCCUUCACCACGUGCCCACCACCGACAAUCCCGCGGACAUCGGCUCUAGGGGGGUCGGUUCGGACACCCUCAAGGACCACCACCUCUGGUGGACCGGGCCGAAGUGGCUGUCCAGCCCCGAAUCCGCCUGGCCCCAGACCGCCCUCGAUAGUGGAAUUCUAUUGAAAAAAUAUUUUUAUAACAAUGAAAAUAUUGGCGAAUUUCCUAACCUACAAACAAUAAAUGAAAAUAGUAGUCCAAUACAGAGUCCUUUUGAAGAGACUAAUGGUUUGUUGUUAGAUGAUGCUUCAAACUCUAAUCAUAAAGUUGAAAUGAACGUGAUAGAUAAACUGAAACACUGGGCUUUAGAUCGCAAUAUAUUCAAAUGA